CGGCGAAAGUCAAAAAUUAUYCAGACUUCUUCCAAAAUUCCACCUGAAAAAAUAUUCAGGAUUUUUGAACGUGUACACUGUAAGACAUUGGAUUAUGCUUCAUGAUAAUCUUGAGUUACUAAAUUUCAAAAAUCGAAAUUUUACGAACCUUUUGAUUUGGAGUUUAUUUUAGAAACGUUUCUCCAAAAUGGCGUCCUCUGUUGCUCAUUUUGGGUACAGCGAGGAAGAUAUUCAAGAUGUAUUUUGCAUGGCACCGUACAGAGAAAAUCAGAUUUCAACGCUGCUGUCAUUGUUUGGAAGUAUUGGUGAUCUUUCUUGUCCAAGUAUCUUCGUGUAUGGAAAUACGGCUACAGGGAAAUCGUUUGUUGUGAAAAUGCUGAUGAACACUUUGAAGCUUCCUCAUGUAAUGGUAAACUGUGUGGAGAAUUUCACCUCUAAACUAAUGUACGAACACAUCUUAAACAGCUUUAAACAAGAAGAUGACGAAGAAGAAAUUUCUUUGACAAAACGGUGUGAUAACAUGGUAGAUUUCCUGCGUCUGUUAAAACAGAACAUAACUGAACAAAACCUACAGGAUCAAACAUUCUACAUUAUACUGGACAAAGCAGAAAGACUACGGGAAAUGGAAAUAAACAUCUUGCCAGCAUUUCUAAGACUCCAAGAACUUACUGAGAUGAAUAUAUGUGUUAUUCUGUUGUCAGAAAUAAUUUGGGAGAAGUUCUUUUCUGGGACUGGAUUCAAUGAUCCUGUGUUGAUACAUUUUACAGAUUACUCCAAAGCCGAGUUACAGCAGAUAAUGUGUUUAGAUUGUCCUAGUGAUUAUCCAGUAGACCUCUUCAGUGCAUUCAGUCAGCUUCUGUUGAGUGUGUUCUAUACUGUUUGCCGGGAUCUAAAUGAACUACGCCAUUUGGCUGCCCUCCAUUUCCCCAAGUACUGUGAGCCCAUCACCAAGGGGGAGGCUACCUACUCAGACAGUCAUAAACUAUGGCGUCACAUUGGUCCACACCUGAAGCGAGCGCUCAAUACUGUCUACUUGAGAGAGGUAUCCAGCAAGCAGUGGGAAAACAUGUUGACUCAAGAGUCAAAUGAAGAACACUUGAAUGGAUCUGCUCCAGCUGCUGGUAAUCCACAGAGGUCGCACAUAGAACUCCCGUUUUACUCCAAGUACCUGCUAUUGGCUGCAUACAUGGCAUCUUACAACCCUGCCCAUACAGACAAGCGAUUUUUCUCUAAACAAGCCCAAAGGAUGUCAAACAGAUGCAAAGCAGCAGCAAAAAAAGCCAACAAGGGAAAGAUAAGCAGUCAGCUAACAGGUCCAAAGGCAUUUCCAUUAGACAGAUUAAUGGCUAUAUUCUAUACCAUAGUGGAAGACAAAGUAGCACCAUCAGCUAGUAUACUGUCCCAAAUCUCCUCACUUGUGUCCCUAAAUCUCCUGUCACAAGUCUCGGCAGAUGACCAGAUCGAUUCUGCUAAGUACAAAUGCCUGGUUAGUUUUGACUUUAUCAAAGGGAUAGCAAGGCAGCUGGAAUUUGAUAUCAUACAAUACUUAUUUGAUUUUGUAUAAAUUGAAAUUAAGAUUUUUUCAGAAUAAAAAACGCUUUGGCUUAU